AUGAAUGGGCAGCCUCUCCUCAGGAUGCACAAGUUUCUUGUCUCCAUUCCAGGGACAGGUCUUCAGUCCAAACCAGCAGAGCCAGCUGGAGGGCUGACUCUUGAUGUCACCCGGACUCUUCUCCUCACGAAGGACCUGGUUGUUGUUCCCAUCCUGCAUCUUGUUGGAGCAGGUGGCUACUCCAAACCAGCAGAGCCAGCUGGAGGGCUGACUCUUGGUGUCAGUCGGACUCUUCUCCUCGUGAUGGAUCUGGUUUUUGUUCCCAUCCUGCAUUUUGGUGGGGCAGGUGGUAACUCCAAACCAGCAGAGCCAGCUGGAGGUCUGGCUCUUGGUGUCAACCAGACUCUUCUCUUCAUGAAGAACCUGGUUUUCAUUCCUAUCCUCCACCUUGGUGGAGCAGGUGGUAACUCCAAACCAGCAGAGCCAGCUGGAGGUCUGGCUCUUGGUGUCAACCAGACUCUUCUCCUCACGAAGGACCUGGUUGUUGUUCCUGACCUCCAUCUUGUUGGAGCAGGUGGUUACUCCAAACCAGCAGAGCCAGCUGGAGGUCUGGCUCUUGGUGUCAACCAGACUCUUCUCUUCAUGAAGAACCUGGUUUUCAUUCCUGUCCUCCACCUUGGUGGAGCAGGUGGUAACUCCAAACCAGCAGAGCCAGCUGGAGGUCUGGCUCUUGGUGUCAACCAGACUCUUCUCCUCACGAAGGACCUGGUUGUUGUUCCUGACCUCCAUCUUGUUGGAGCAGGUGGUUACUCCAAACCAGCAGAGCCAGCUGGAGGUCUGGCUCUUGGUGUCAACCAGACUCUUCUCUUCAUGAAGAACCUGGUUUUCAUUCCUGUCCUCCACCUUGGUGGAGCAGGUGGUAACUCCAAACCAGCAGAGCCAGCUGGAGGUCUGGCUCUUGGUGUCAACCAGACUCUUCUCCUCACGAAGGACCUGGUUGUUGUUCCUGACCUCCAUCUUGUUGGAGCAGGUGGUUACUCCAAACCAGCAGAGCCAGCUGGAGGUCUGGCUCUUGGUGUCAACCAGACUCUUCUCUUCAUGAAGAACCUGGUUUUCAUUCCUGUCCUCCACCUUGGUGGAGCAGGUGGUAACUCCAAACCAGCAGAGCCAGCUGGAGGUCUGGCUCUUGGUUUCAACCGGACGCUGCUCCUCGUGAAGGACCUGGUUGUUGUUCCCGUCCUCCAUCUUGGUGGGGCAGGUGGUUAGAUCAAACCAGCAGAGCCAACUGAAGGUCUGAUUCUUGGUCUUCAAGGGAUGCUGCUCCUCAGGAAGGGGCAGCUUUUUGCUCCAAUUCCAGACCCAGCUGAGAUCGCUGGAACGGCCCGGAAUUGAAGACAUGAAAGGAACUAAGAUCAGGAAGAGAGUCAGGCUGAACUUCACCCCGUUCCCUUCCAUGGUUCACUCUCAACGCACAAAUGGCUGUCACAGUGAGCAGAGCUCCAGCAGUGACCACCAGGACUGAGCAACUGCUCAAUGUCUCUGGGCUGGGGGGGGGCUGCCAGCAUGACUUAAUAAAGACUGAUGUCAUGCUCCACCCUGCAAUGUCACAAUGCCUUUGGUGCACCCAGCUUGGGGCUGUGGACCCUACACCCAAAUCCCACCUCCCCUUUUUCCAAUCCAUCUGCACUCUGUAAUUUUCAUGAGCACACGAGGUCCUGGAAUCAGAGGACGGCCUGGGUUGAACAGGACCACAGUGAUCAUGUAGUUUCAACCCCUCUGCUAUGACUAGGCUGCCCAGAGCCACAUCCAGCCUGGCCUUGAAUACCUUUGGGGAUGGGGCAUUCCCAGGGCCUCCCU